UCACAGCUAACUUUAUUCAAUUCUGGAUCUACCGAUGCUAACUCCGUUGAUAUUGUGAUCUCUAAAGAGCAAAGCGGACACCUUUCUUAUAUUUCUGCUGAGGAGUUCAAGAGCAAAGUAAAGUUGCAGAUUUCAGAACAGCGUAAGGAGACACAUGGCUACAAGGUAUCCAUGGACUAUUUAUUUCACAGCAGUUUUUUGGGACUAAAAUUAAUCGGGAUUUAUAAAUUCGUUGUGUAUCAUGGUGACGCUCAUUAUGCUUCGGCAUAUCCCGUUAUGAAUGAGAAGACCAUUGUUAAGACUGGCUCUGGAAAAACGUUUUCUGUCACGGAAGUAGUGCCGACUAAUCGGGAGAAUGAGCGUGUAAUAUACGGCCCAUAUAAGGACCAACCUGCUUUUCGAAGCGAACCAAUAAAGAUCCAUUAUGAGAAUAAUUCUCCAUUUGUUGUGGCAACCGUAGUCGAGCGAUGGAUUGAGAUAUCACAUUGGGGAAACAUCGCUGUCGAAGAACAUAUUGAGCUUGUACAUAAAGGAGCGGAGUUGAAGGGUCCUUUUUCACGCUUGGACCAACAGUUGGAUCGACGCGGACUACGUCAACCGGCACUGCUGUACUUUACGACGGUAUUGCCAGCUUCAGCGAAAGACAUUUAUUAUCGUGAUGUUAUUGGAAAUAUUUCAACAUCAGCAGUGCGUCCUCGUUCCGAUUCUGUGGAUGUCGACAUUAAACCAAGGUUUCCGUUGUUUGGAGGAUGGCGAACCUCGUAUGUCAUAGGGUACAAUGUUCCCUCCUUCGAAUAUCUGUAUAACAAAGGACAUGACUAUGCGUUGAGAAUGAGAGUUCUCGAUCAUAUUUUCGACAAUGUGGUAGUUGAAAAUCUAACUAUCAAGAUAAUUCUUCCGGAAAUGGUCAAGAAAGUGAGGAUCACCACACCAUACUCUAUGACUCGUCGUCCAGACGAAUUACAUUCGACUUAUUUGGAUACAACUGGACGCACUGUGAUUGUUCUGCAGAAAGCGAAUCUUGUUCCAGAGCAUAUACAGUUGUUUACACUUUUCUAUGAAUUUGACUACGCUAAUAUGAUCCGUGAGCCAUUGAUAGCGACAGCGUUCUUUUUUGCUCUUUUCACUGCUGUCAUCAUUUAUAUGCGAUUCGACUUCACUAUUGUUCCGGUGAGUAUUCGUCUGUUUGCUAACGCUCAGGAACUCUUGAAAUAUGAGAAACCGAUCGUGGAUGCAUUGGAAGGCUACAUUGCCAGUGUGCAGAAGAGUCAACAGAAAUCUGCGAGCAGCGAGGACACACAGUUCAGUCAGAAGGUGACAGAAGCACGUAUGCGUUCGGAGUCAGUGCUUGCCUCACUCUAG